GUAGCUUUGGGGUGGGUCCAACAAGUGAGGACGCGUGCUUGAAUUUGAAUUCAGGCAAGAGCUAAUAACUUGUUAAGUGCUGUAGCUACAGACAUCGCUGUUUGAAGAGUGAUCCCUGAACUCGCAAUGAAAGCUGGCGUCCACUGCCGUUGUUCAAAAUGCUACUCAGUUCCGGCACGAAAACGGGUCCGUAAGCGAACUCCAGCCCUAACCUUGCUGUCUCUACCUGAAGAAGUCCUCCUCUGUGUGCUCCAGUGCCUUUCUGCUGAGGACCUGCUGUCUGUCAGAGCAGUUCACUCCCAGCUGCGGGACAUUGUUGACAACCACUCCAGUGUAUGGGCCAGGGUCAGUUUCAGGGACACAUGGCCAUCCCCCAACACAUUAUGGCUAUUUGAAAGAGCUGCUGAGAAAGGGAAUUUUGAAGCGGCUGUGAAGCUAGGGAUUGCUUAUUUGUACAAUGAAGGACCAUUGUUGAGUGAUGAGGGGCGAGCGGAUGUAUGUGGUCGCAAGGCCUCCCACUUCUUCAGCCUGGCAGAGAGCCUGCACUCUCCCACGACAGAUCCCUUCAUCUGGGUGUUCAUCCGACCACCGUGGUCUCCCACCGGCAGCUGCUGCAAGGCCGUGGUGUUCGACCGUCUCAAGGCUGAGUGUGACAGCAACGCGGAGAAGAGAGGACCCUUGUUGCACUGUUUGGCCAGAGUUUUACAGCUGUUUGAAGGCGAUGAAAGACGCUCCGAUGCCAUAUCUAUGUUGGAGGAGUCGUCGCAGGCUGGCUGUCUACAGAGCUCUUACCUCUUGUGGGAACACAACCGGAAAGCAGCUAUGGCCGAUCCAGGCCGUUACCUCCAGUAUAUCCGAACCCUCAGGGACUAUGCUGGCAAAGGAUGCUGGGAGGCUCAGCUCUCCCUGGCUAAAGUGUGCAGCAGUGGUAAUCCGCUGGGUCUGGAGUCAAAAGCCUGCUCUGACUUGGUGGCUCAGCUUUUCAAUUCCUCUAACCCGGCAUCACGACACUGCACUCAGGGCAUCCUGAGGCAAGGCAUCAAGGACACCAUGAGGUACAUCCUAGUGGACUGGCUUGUGGAGGUGACCACCAUGAAGGAUUUCUCCAGCCUGACGCUGCAUGUGACAGUGGGUUGUGUGGAUCGCUACCUGGCCCUGCGCUCAGUCCCCAAGGCUCGCCUCCAGUUAUUGGGAAUCGCCUGCAUGGUAGUUUGCACACGCUAUAUCAGUAAAGAAAUCCUGACCAUUCGUGAAGCUGUCUGGCUUACAGACAACACCUACAAAUAUGAGGACCUGGUUCGAAUGAUGGGGGAGGUUGUCUCUGUGCUGGAGGGAAAGAUCAGGAGCCCCAUACUGCUGGACUACGGGGAGGUGCUGCUGUCUCUGCUCCCUCUGGAGAGGCGGACCACUCACCUAUUCAGCUACAUCAGUGAGCUGUCGCUGCUCUACUCUGCCCUUGCCACACCACCACCUUCCAAACUGGCAUGCGCUGUACUACUGCUUACACGAGCACUACAUCACUAUGCUCCUGUCUGGCCCAGCCAGUUAGUUGACUACACAGGCUUCUCCAAGCAAGACCUCACUUCCCUUUCUGUGCUGCUCUAUGUCAAGUGUUUCAGUCAAGACGUUCCCAAAGAUUACAGGCAUGUGUCUCUUACUGGUGUUAAGCAACGGUUUGAAGAUGAGGCCUACCAGCACAUCAGCAAAGAAAAGGUGAUGGAUUUUAAAGAGCUGUGUCAGAUCUUGGAGAUUCCUGAGGUGGAGCCUCAGAUGGAGCCUCCCAGUCCCACUGGACAACCAGCAGACAUUCACACCUUCCUCGCCUCUCCAUCCAGCACCAACAAGAAGAGACGCGAUGAAGGCAUGCAAGCAAACAGAACAAGCUUUGUGGCCACGCCCACUGCAGAGCUUUCAAAUCAGGAGGAGACACUGCUGGGUGACAUCCUUGACUGGAGCCUGGACACUUCCUGUUCUGGUUAUGAGGGGGACCAGGAGGAGGAGAGCGAGGGAGAAAAAGAUGCUGAUUCUUCCAUGAUAUCCAUCAAACUGCAUUCGCUGACUGAUGCAGACAAAAGACUAGAGCACUGCAGAGCCUUGUCCAGCGAUGAAGACAGCUUCUCUGAAGCGGAAAGGGAUGUGAGCAAGGAUUGCCAAGACCAGGAACUCCUUUCCUUUUCUACAGACCUUCACAGUUCAGGAUACUCCUCUGUCCAGAGUGUUAGCCCUUCAUCCACAUGCUGCUCCUCCUCCCUCAUGCCUUGCACAUUCAAGACCUUUACCACUUCCCUGGGCGCAGCCUCCGCCAAUGCCCAGCCAGGCUUCCGCCUUCUGGUGCCCAUGCAGAGGCCCCGGGGCACCUCCAGCAAACAAGUGAAGAGGAAGAACUCGGCAGCUCAUAGUGGAGGUGAGGUGGAUAAAGAAGAGGAGGAAGGAGACAAGUAUUCUGCCAAUGCGGGGUUUCUGAGCCUAUAGACCGUGGUUGUUCGACUUGCCUCAGGCUCAGUUAUCCUCCAGCACUUUUCUUUAGUUCUCGAUGCUGUUCAUCACUCCUGUCAGUCUGCACUGAGCCAUUUUGUCAGAAGAUCAAGAGACGUUUAGCUUAAAGGCAAGUAAGGGAAAACAAAUGAAUUACCUAGAAACGUGGCUUUUUAUUACAUUACAUUGCCACGUUUGCAGGUAUAGCACAAUAAAAUACCUCCCAUAAACCUAGACUCGCAGUCAGCUCUGAAACCACUGGAACAUGAAUUGAGUUUCCUCAGGACCAUUUCUGUUUUACAGCCUUCUAAAACAACAAUCACAUUGUCUAUGAUAGUUGUAAAAGCAAUGAAACCUCAUGGACUUUUUUUUUUUUUUUUUUUUGGUGGGGGAGAAAGGUGUUCAUUGUUAAAAUCACAUUUUGGAAAAAAAACUUCAACAUUGCUGUCAUGUUGUUUUGAUUAUCCUAGUUUCUGAUAUGCACUGUCUGUACAAGACUAUCUUGUAUUUGGUGAAUGUCAUCAGUAGGUGACUACUGUCAUCUAGUUGAUGAACAUGUCUGCAUCUGAAGCCUAAAGAAAAUAUGAUUGUAUGAGUUCCUCUUGUUCAGUUUUUACCUAACUUCUACGUACGUUUGCCAAAGGUACUGUAGUGGUGUCCGCUGUGUUUUCAGGAGCGUCUACGUGAAUAGAAAUGGAGCUGUGAAAUGAGUAUUUUAGUAGUCUGCAUCUUCUAGAGUACAUAUUCACCGGUCGUGCUGUUAAUAUUUUUUUAUCAAUAUUACUUAAGAGACCUACAGUAUAGCACCUUAUCCCAUCAGGAACAGCAGAUGUUCAAUAAGGUGUUCUGAUAAUGGAACUAACCAAGAAUUACCAGCUGGAUGAGUAUCAUACAAACUUCAGCGUAUCAUCCAGAUGUUUAGUGCUUUACAGUCAUUAACUAUUUAGCUCAACUGAAUGAGGCACUCCAUGUGACUCAGAUGCUGGUAAAUUAUACUUGAUCUGCUUUUCCUCCCAUCUGAAUUAGGUCUAACACUUAGAAGGAGCACAAUUCAAUGAAAUGUAACAAUUUCCAUGCUUGAAACAAUCAAUGCUUAAGUAAUUUUGGAUGGAUUUGCUUUGCCUUCUUGAAGCGAAAGGGAAGUUCAGACACUAAAGGAAAAUUAUUACCUGAUAGGAUUUUGAAAGUACUGUAUGCCUCAUUCAGGAGACGGAGUACACAAUGUCUAAAAGUCUGACUGACUGUAUACAUUUUAAACUGUUACACCAGACUAGUUAUAACCUGUUGAACUUUUUUAUUUUUAUAAAUGUACAUAGUACUAUAUGUAUAAAUGGAGAAAGACAAAGAACAUGCCACUACUACUUGAAAUAGUUUUUGCUUCAUUCCAAAAAGGCAGAUUCUUAGUGAAACUUUUUCUACAGUACAGUGUUUUCUCAAUAGACCUGUGAUGUGAAUAUGUAAUUUUGUAUCAAGUUAAAA